UCCACUUUUCCUCCGGUUUAUAAGGGCAGCAAGAGAGCAGCACAACACGCUCAUCGCACUCCUGGCUCCUGACGCUUGGCAGAGAGGGAGAGUGAUCAAUUGGCAGGCAACCGUUGCUUGGCGGGGCGGCCAACGACCAUCGCCCAUCGCUAGCUAGCUGCUUCGUCCUCCUGCCGUCCUGCGUGAGUGCCUGAGUGGGGAGGAUCGAUGCUCUCGUUUCCCUUCCCGGUGCCUGCUCGCUCCUGCUCCGACCUUGGAAUCUUGACCUUGGAACCUUGUUCCUCGCCUAUCUCUACACCCUACCCUAGCUUCUAGCUACCGUGCAGGCGGCCAGCGAGUCAGCGACCGAGCUGCGAGCUAGAGAGAGAGAGAGGAGCUCUCUUUCCGUGCGAGUGUGCGACUCAGACCUUGCUCACCUGCAGCUUUGAAUGCUCAGGGCUCGGUCAGGGCCUGAAAGCACUCGAGCCUUGUCCCUUGCUCGCAAACCCUUGCCGCCUUUUGGUCACCUCGGGCGCCGCGCGGAGCAGCACCUGUGCUCUGCCCUGUCCUCCCCCUGCCCUGUUCACCGCUCUCUUCUUCUCGCUGGCCUGCCAGGCAGGGGGCAGCCUUUCCUCGCCGGUCGCCAUCUCCCAUUUAUAAAUCCGCUCCCCUCCUGCUUGCCUCUCCUGCUCCGUGCUCUGCUCCUGCUUGUGUGAGUGACCCGUGACCGUGAGCUUCCUUCUGUUGGUGAGCUUGCUCUGCACGGCCUGAGCCCUGAGGUGAGGGAGAGAGAUACUAGGGCGGUGACCAUGGCAUGGCGGGGCCGGCUCGGGGAGACCGCGGACAGCGGCCUCGAGCUCAGCCUUGGCCUCCCGGCCUACUUCGCCAAGACCUCAUCAGGGUUGGACGCCGGCGAGGAUCCCGGCGACGCUGCUGCUUUUGCUCUCCAGGCCACCAAAGGGAGCGAUGGCUCCAAGGCAAGGGUGAGGCCUGCAGCUGCUGCUCCGGUGGUGGGGUGGCCGCCGGUGCGGUCGUUCAGGAGGAACCUGGCGUCCACCAGGCAGUCGCCGCAGUCGUCGUCGGCUCAUCAUCAGGACGGCGGAGUUAAGGGAGGCCGCGGCGCCAAGGGAGGCGGCGCCGGCGAGGGCGGGCACAAGGGCGGCGGUCUGUUCGUGAAGAUCAACAUGGACGGAGUGCCCAUCGGGCGGAAGGUGGACCUCACGGCGUACGGCGGCUACGCCGAGCUCUCCGCCGCCGUCGGCAAGCUCUUCCGCGGCCUGCUCGCCGCCCAGAGGGACCCGCCCGCCGCCGCGGUGGGCCGGCGCUGCGGCGAGGAGGCGGCGGGGGAGGAGGCCGAGGAGCCCGUGAUCGGCGGCGAGUACACACUGGUGUACGAGGACGAGGAGGGCGACCGGGUGCUGGUCGGCGACGUCCCCUGGGAGAUGUUCGUGGCCACCGCGAAGAGGCUGCGCGUGCUCAAGAGCUCCGACCUGCCGGCCUCGUCGCUGAGAGCAGGCGGGGGCAGGAAGAGGGCUGCAGCCGACUGCCGAACAGCUGAACCAUGCUCUGCUCCACGCAUCACCUGAUCACCAGCUUGUAGAGAAGUCACAAUCCCAAGUGGAGGAUUGGCCUGGCCUGCCUGCCUCUCGGCCUCUGGCCUUUUUUUGAUGUCUUUCUGUGUUGCUGCUAAUAGUAGUGGGUACUAGUAUAUGAGAGGGAGGGAACAAAGCCAUGACGGUAUUAGGGUCAUGUAAUGCAAUAUUAGUGCUGCUUGUGCUCCAAACAGCAGCAAUGGUAGCAGGACCUGUUCAUGAAUCUAUGGUCUAAUUGAAUCAAUGGCAGGCCAUCUCGGUGGGCGGUGGCGCAAUGCGAAACUGUAUGCGUGCGUCUAAUUGUAGCGUGUCGUGCUGGUUGAUCCUGAAAGUGGAGUCAGUUCUGAAGAUC